AGAGGAGCUGCAGCUGGUUGUUGUGCUUGGUGCUAGCUGGUGCAUUAUUUGAAUAGAGAAAAGUGGACUAAAAAACGCGAAAACAUGUUUAGAAACUGCUGCUCCCCAAGGCUGGUUUUCUUGUACAACCUCCUGGCUGUUUUGCUGUUGAUCGCGUCGUUAGUGCUGGCGUUUUGGGGCCUGCCUCAAAUCAUCAGCAAACAGAUACAUAAACAAACUGAGCUGACUGAAAACACAGACCAAUGGGACAGAUUCAAAGAACUUCCCUUCCCCAUGGAGUUCAACAUCAGGUUCUUCCUAGUGACGAACCCCGCGGACGUUUUGAAUGGGUCGAUGCCUAUCUUGAAGGAAUCAGAGCCCUACAAAUACAAGUCCACUAUCAAAAGAACCGACAUUCGAUUCGACGACAUUGAGGAAGACAGUGUGACCUACAGAAGAUCCUUCAGCUUCGAGUUUGAUGGUUCGGGGACAACAAGAGAAGACGAUAGUAUCACCGUAAUCAAUCCACUGCUGAUGGCAUCCUUUCAGCUGACCAAUGAUAUUCAAAGACUGGCAAUGGCUGGGUGUAGGAAGUAUAUCCUGGAACCGGCCGGACUGGAUCAAGUCUUCCUCACGACCACAGUGCGGAAAUUGCUGUUUGAUGGGAUUUAUUUUGGGUUCCAGAACGCUACUGGCAAAGGAGUGGCGUGCGAAAUGGUUCGCAAAGAGCUGGGAAAGAUUGUGGCCAACGUCCGUGUGGUAGAACACCUCAAUGACACCGAUUGUUACCGUCUUGCCAUUUUCAACUACAAAACCGACAACUUCCUGAAAAACUCCCCCGAUGGAAUAUACACGAUCAACCGUGGCAGAAACAAUGCGACCGCCUUGGGGAGCAUCAUGAGAUGGAACGGGGCCACCACAAGUACCACGUAUGGCACCUCAACGUCUAUCAACAACCUGACUUGUCACUCCAUCAAAGGUACCGAUUCCACCAUCUACAGCCCUGAGCUCAAGGCGGGUGAAAACUUGAUGAUUUUCAACACGGAUUUGUGCAGAACAAUCCAGCUUGUUCAGGUGUCCUCAAACGAAGUCUUUAACGGCAUUAACGCCUUUAGGUAUAGCACGGGAUACACUUUGUUCAGGCCUGAAACGAUUCUGAAGGAAAACGACUGCUAUUGCUCGCAUGGUACCAAAGGUGCUGACGGAAAGCCGAGCUGCUUCCUAGACGGGCUGCUAGACUUCAGGCCUUGCCUUGGGGCACCGGUUUUAAUUUCCCAACCGCAUUUCCUGCACGCAGACGUAAAAUACAUCCGGGCCGUAUCUGGCCUCAGUCCGGAUGAGGAUAAACAUGAUAUUUAUCUUUUAUUGGAACCGAACACCGGAACCCCAUUGGAGGGCAGGAAAAGAGUCCAAAUGAACAGUGUGCUUCGAAGACAGCCACUGCUCUCCAUGAUCACCCCGCCAAACAUGUACGAAGCAGUGGUUCCCUUGUUGUGGCUGGACGAAGGCUUCACUUUGCCGCAAAAAUACCUGGACGAUCUGAACGCGAAAUACUUCAAAACAGUGCGAAUUGCCACUGGAUUCAAAUUUGGCUUCAUCGCGGUGGCACUCGCCCUACUUGUGGGCUGUUUGUUCGUCGCGUGUCGAAAGAUGUAUUUCAGAAAUGCAAAGUGAAUUGUUUAGUUUCAGUUUGAAUCAAAGACAUUAAUAAAUAGACCAAGCUAGUCAUUCAAAAAUC